CUCUUGGGGCAGGACAGACGUCUCUGUUUGGAAACACCCAGCCUAAGCUUGGUGGGACGCUAGGAACAGGAGCGUUUGGAGCCCCAGGAUUCAAUACGUCAACAGCUACGCUGGGGUUCGGAGCCCCGCAGCCUGCUGUAGCCCUGACAGACCCAAAUGCGUCAGCUGCCCAGCAAGCGGUCCUGCAGCAGCAUCUCAACAGCUUGACUUACUCCCCCUUUGGGGAUUCUCCACUCUUCAGAAACCCCAUGUCAGACCCAAAGAAGAAAGAAGAGAGGCUGAAACCCACGAACCCGGCAGCUCAGAAGGCCUUAACAACACCCACCCACUACAAACUGACCCCGCGUCCCGCGACCAGAGUGCGGCCGAAAGCUUUGCAGUCGGCGGGCUCUGCCAAAUCUCAUCUCUUCGAUGGUCUCGACGAUGACGAGCCGUCCCUCUCCAACGGCGCCUUCAUGCCAAA